AUGCUGAGCUCAGGCCUGCAGAUUCCCCUCCUUUCCCUCCUCCUCCUCCUGCUGCUCACAGCGAUGGAGCUGAGCUGGUCCUUUACAGAUGAGGAAAAGGAGCUGAUUGUGGACCAGCAUAACCAGUAUCGUUCCACAGUUUCUCCUUUGGCUGCAAACAUGCUGAAAAUGCGCUGGGAUUCAGAACUGGAAGACUUUGCAAAAAACUAUUCGACAAAAUGUACUUGGGAACAUAAUAAAGAACGUGGCUCCCGAGGCGAGAAUCUUUUUGCCAUGACUGGAAACCUGGAUCUGAAGAGAGCAAUGCACGAUUGGUACAUUGAGUACCGGGAUUUUAAUUACAGCACAUUGGCAUGUGAAGAGGGUAAAAUGUGUGGUCAUUAUACCCAGGUAGUUUGGGCUACCAGUGAGCGUGUUGGCUGUGGGACAACAUUCUGUGAAACCAUGGGAGUGAUAAAUGAGACUGACAUGCAUUUAUUUGUCUGCAAUUACCAACCCCCGGGAAAUAUAAAGGGACGUAAGCCAUAUGUCAUGGGAGCUUCAUGUUCCAUGUGCCCAGAUGGCUACUUCUGCAAAAACAAUCUUUGUGAUUCCACUGCUGGUGUAGAAGAAACUACUGUAGCACCCACAGCAGCUACUAUCCUAACUGAAAGCCCAGGUUUGCCGUCCAUCAUAACAGUUUCAACAGCACACAUACCAGAAAUUGGCACCGAAGCAGGAUCAGAACCUCCCACUGCAGACGAUGAAGACACCACUUCAGGCUCCCAAAUUGGAACAGAAGCACAGCCCAUUGUGACAGAAGGGUCGGAUGUGGAUCCUUACCUGCAGACAGGCACGGAUGUGAUUGAUGAAUCCUUGAUGACCACAACCAGUGCUACGCCUUUUGUAAACUUAAUCCCGUCUUCUAUGCCUCCUGAAACAGAAACUAAAGAAACUACUGGCACAGAGCAUCUAUCUUCUGCUGAUGUCUUAACCCCAACCCAAACAUCCUUGAUCAAAACUGAGCGACCUGUAACUACUCUCACAACUACAAAGACUCUCUCCACUCCCAAACUGCCAUCUGUACCCAAGACCCCCUCUGUGCCCACGCCCCCCGCCGUGCCCAAGAUUCCCUCUGUGCCCAAGCCCCCCUCUGUGCCCAAGCCCCCCUCUGUGCCCAAGCCCCCCUCCGUGCCCAAGCCCCCCUCCAUGCCCAAGCCUCCCUCUGUGCCCAAGCCCCCCUCCAUCCAUAAGCCUCAUUUUUAUCCUAAGCCUCCCCCCAUGCCUAUUAAACCCCCCAUCUCUAAAAAACCAGCACACCAUCGUUUGAUGGCCUAUUCCAAAGCCAUCCAGAGAAGCAGCAAUUCUUUCCAGUCUUCUGCCGGCUGUGGGAAAACAUCGGAUUUCUUCUUUGCUUUUCUCAUGAUUUUGGCCUGA